AUGUCGAUCUACGAAAAAGUCGAAACAUUUUUAUCCCCUUAUUAUUCAAAAGAAACAAUUAUACAUGAAAAUAAACCAUUUGUUACAUUGACAUAUGCACAAAGUUUAGAUGGGAAAAUUUCUGGGAAAGGUGGUAAACAACUUAUUUUAAGUUGUAAAGAAUCAAUGAUAAUGACUCAUAGAAUGAGAACUCUUCAUGAUGGAAUUAUGGUUGGCAUUGGUACUAUAUUAAACGAUAAUCCAAGAUUAACAGCGAGAUUAUUGGAAACUGAGAUAGAAUUAACAGUCAAUCAACCUCAACCUAUAAUUUUGGAUUCAAGAUUGCGAUUUCCUCUAUCGGCUAAAUUGUUAACAUCUAACGAAUGUAAAUCACCUUGGAUAUUUACAAGUCAUAAUUGCGACAAUGAUAAACGAAAGUUAUUAGAACAAGCAGGAGCUAAAGUUAUUUCUAUAGAUUCGGAUCAAAAUGGACAACUUUCUCUUUUGCAUUUAUUGUCGAUAUUACAUUCUCCACCUUUCUCAAUUAAACGUCUUAUGGUAGAAGGUGGUGCAAGAAUUAUACAAUCUUUUUUAAAAAGUGAAUUACCAAACUUAUUGAUUAUAACUAUUGCUCCCGUAUUCGUUGGACCAAAUGCAAUAUCUUGUAUCGGUGACAAAUUAUCUAUAGAGGAAGAUGAAGAUAAGAUUCCAAAUUUGAAAAAUGUAAAAUAUGAGCAAUUAGGCAGAGAUAUUAUCAUGGUAGCGAAUAUUUAA